AUGAAAACUUAUGGUACUGCAUGUGCACCAUUUCUCGCAAAUAGAUGUAUACAACAAUUAGUCAUUGACGAAGGCAACGACUUUCCUUUGGCGGCAAAUGCUUUGCGCAAUUGUUGCUAUGUAGAUGAUAUAAUGACGGGAGCAGAUAGUAUUGAAGAAGCAAUUGCUUUAAAAGAGGAAAUUAUUAAACUUUUUCGUAAAGGUGUUAAAACUACAGAUAGAUUUUUACUUCAGUUAAACCCAUUUUUAGAUGAAAAUAAUAUCUUAAGAGUAGGGGGGCGACUAGAGAAUGCGAAUAUUCCAUAUAAUCAAAAACAUCCAAUAAUAUUGCCGAGUAAAAAUCAUAUAACAAAUUUAAUCUUAUUACAAGAGCACCAGAGGCUGCUGCACGCAGGUGUACAAACUGUUCUUGCAAAUAUUCGAUUACGUGUCUGGCCUAUAAAUGCGAGAAACACGAUCAAACAUAUUAUUAAAAAUUGCGUUAGGUGUCAUCGAUACAAUUGUCGUCCUGUACAACAAAUUAUGGAAAAUUUACCGAGUGACAGGGUUAGUCAUUCCAGGCCCUUUGUAAUCACCGGCGUAGACUAUGCCGGACCUAUUACACUUCGUGCAAGCCGAUUGCGCAAGGCUCAACGAUUAAAAGCUUAUAUUGCGGUAUUUAUUUGUUUCAGUACUAAGGCAAUUCAUUUAGAGCUGGUAAGCAACCUUUCAACUGAAGCCUUUAUCGCGGCGCUGAAGCGUUUUAUUUCUCGGCGGGGAAAGUGUAUCACAAUUUAUUCAGAUAACGGCAGAAACUUCAUUGGGGCCCGUCACGAAUUACAUGAUUUAUAUAAACUUUUUAAAAAAGACAACACGCGUUCUGAGUUGAUUGAGGCAGCAUCUAUACAUGGAAUUGACUGGAAAUUUACACCACCUAGCGCACCAAAUUUUGGGGGUUUAUGGGAGAGUGCUGUCAAGCUAACUAAACAUCAUAUUCGUAGGGUCAUUGGUAGUACUUUAUUAACAUUUGAAGAAUUUUACACGGUGCUAACUCAAAUUGAAGCGAUAUUAAAUUCGAGACCGAUCACUGGCGUUUACGAUGAUGCAUCAGAACCAUCCUUUUUAUCACCAGGUCAUUUCUUAAUUGGCGACGCGUUAACUGCUUUUUCUGAGCCAAGCCUCAAAGAAAUAAAUAUUAAUAGAAUGUCAAUAUGGCAAAACUUAACUUACAUAAGAAAUUUAUUUUGGCAAAAUUGGUCAGUAGAUUAUUUAAAUCAAUUGCAAAGACGUUAUAAAUGGCUAGUAGAAACACCUGAUUUAAAAACUAAUGAUGUAGUUUUAUUAAGAGAGGACAACUUGCCUCCAUUAAGUUGGGCCUUAAGGCGUAUUAUUAAAAUUAUUUAUGGAAGUGAUAACAAAGUACGUGUCGUACAUGUAAAAACAAAAACGGAGGAUUAUGCCCAAGGAUUACGUCGUUUAAAAAGAUCAUUUAAAACAAAUGAUAUACAGACCACUGAUAAUGAAUCAAACACCGAAAAAGAUAGUGAGCCUGUUUUAUUAAAUUAUAAAAAUGUCUCUCACUUAUUAUCGCAAAAACGGCCUUUGAACAACAACAAUAAUGGUUUAAAUAAUUCAGAACUCUCUGGAGGUGAAGUUGAAAUUGAUGCAAAAGCUGCAGUUGAUAGUACAACGGAACCCAAAGAAUUCAUUAUGACUAAAUACAAAUCUUCACCAGAAAAAAUUGCGGUGAUUUCUUCCGUUAGUGCUUUUCUGUCCGGAGCAAAAGACAGAGAAGGUGGACGUGCUCAGCGGAAGUAA